AUGGGAGAAAUUUCGGGACUGUUAAGCGCGAUAAAGAAUGUGAAGGCCAGGAUUGCCAAGGUUGAUGCAGAGCGUCAGCGACAACAGGAGCUCCUUUAUAACGCAGAUUUCGAAUGUCAACUGAUGGAAAGGAAAGUGGCGCGAAUCAAUGGGGAAAGGAGUGUUGAGGAGAAAGAGGAAUUAAAUAGGAAAAUCAAAGAAAGUGAAGCGCAGUUGGAGGAGCAGCAGGUGAUAG